AUGCGUAAGAAAAUCUUCAUCUUCCUGAUAUUCAUUCUUGCAUCUAACGAUAUCGCAUACGGAAAACAUGGCAAUGACACGAAUAUACAUAAACAAAAUACCGAGAAGACUAGCGAACGAACGAAAAGAUCUUCCAAUAUCAAAUCAUUCUUACAGUAUGAACCAAGCGAUGACGAUGGAAUUUCACAAAAGUUUAUAGACAAAUUAAAAUUAGAUACUAUUAAAGAUGACAGCCCAUUUUGGGGUUCAAGGGGAAGAAGAGAAAGUUUAUCUUUAGAGAAUUCUGAAGAACUACCUAUGACGUACGAAAAAGUUUGUUCUCCUUACAGCAAAACAUGUCUCUCAAUCAAUUCAAUUUAUAGAAAUGACGUGCCAUUCUGGGGUAAUCGUGGCCGGCGUUAUGACAGUAGCAGUGAAGAAAAUAGUAAAGAAUUUUGGGAUGACAGAGUUAGACGACAAGAAGAAGAUGAUCCAUUCUGGGGUAGCAGGGGCAGAAGAACUGAAGACGAACCUUUUUGGGGCAGCCGCGGUAGACGAUUAGAAAGCAACGAGUUUCGAUCUUCGAAUGACGAUGAAACACCGUUUUGGGGAAACAGAGGCCGUCGGAAGAUGAAUGCACUUUACAAUGAACCAGAACCGUUUUGGGGCAGCCGAGGUAAGAAAAAUAAAAAUGCACAGCAACAGUUGAAUGAAGAAGAACCAUUUUGGGCAACGAGAGGUAAAAGAUACCGGAAUUUCGAUGAUCCUCCAAAACCAAUUACUACUGAAUUUGAAAAUAAUUCCAAAUUGUCACGUUUACGGGAUCCCAUUUCAUUUUGGGCAAAUAGAGGUAGAGAUAGUAAAUUGAAACAUCUUUUUACUGGGGCAUUAAGAGGACGUGACAAAGCCCGCAUUAUUAAUAAAGAAGUGAGUGUGGGGUUCCAUGUCAGGCCUUCGGAGCAAAAUACAAUUCAGGAUGACAGAAUUUACGCUGAAGAACCACAUUAUAUUUUGAUUGAACGUAGUAGUAGGUCGUCCUCGGAGGACGACCCAUAUAUUAUAACAAGAGGAAAAAAGUAUGGGAGUCGUAUAGCAAAAGCUGCAAGAGAUCGGCGAGGAGCAUUAGAAGACAUAGUGAGAUCGGUACAAAAAGAUCCUUAUUAUAUAGCAAGGGGUAAAAAAAAUUCGUUUAUCAAAAUUGGCAAUACUAUUAUGGCACUUGACAGUUUGAAUAAAGAUAAAGUUUGUAGUAUGAUUCAGUCCCUACAGGCACAAGGAGGCAAUAAAAGGAAAAGAGAAGUAAGUGAUCCAGAAAGAGACAGAAGAGCUAUUUUACAAAAGUUGGCUGCUAAAUUGCAAGAAGAUCCCUUUUUUGUAAGUAGAGGUAAAAAAGAUAAAAUAAAUGAAGAUGAGAAUAUUCAAGCAUUUGCCGAUAUCGCUGAUAUGUGUAGUUAA